UUGGCAUCUGUCAUUUUGAAAUUUUCAUGAAUUUUCCCAAGAUUUUCACGAUUUUUCAGCCAUCUCGUUCUAUUCUAGGACGAAUGAGUGAUAUGAGAUUCUUGAAAUUAUCCGCUAGUUUGAUACAGUAAUGUGUUUGGUCAUAGAAUAACGAUGUCGGUUUGAUAAUAGUUCUCGGAAUAGAACGGAGGUUUGCCUACCCUGGGUCGGUCGUUUCAACUUCAUAAUAUGCGAUGGAAGGGACUGUGUGUAUUGUUGUUAGUGGCUGUGGUCCCGAUAAUCUUGGGCCAGAAGAUCGGUGACCCUUACAAGAUCCUGGGUAUUCACAGGAGAGCGACUUUGCCCGAAAUCCGUAAGGCGUACAGACAACUAGCGAAAGAAUGGCAUCCAGAUAAAAAUGAGGACCCAAAUGCGGAGUCGCGAUUUGUGGAGAUCAAGCAAGCUUAUGAGCUCCUGUCUGACACUGAGCGCAGACAGGCUUAUGACUUGUAUGGUAUCACCAAUGAAGAUGACCACAUGUAUAAGCAGAGGCAUGACUAUAGCCAGUAUGCUAGAUUCAGCAAUGACCCGUUCGAGUAUUUCAGCACACAUUUCAGAACUCAAGAUCAAGACAUAACAUUAUUCCAUAAAUUGUCUGUUACUGCAAGACAUUUUGAAAACAACAUCCUAGAAAAGAGCGUCCAUACACCCGCAUUAGUCCUGUUCUACACUGACUGGUGUUUUGACUGUGUGCGUUCGGCCACGGCUUGGCGCCGCUUGGUAGAAGCUUUGCAGCCGCUUGGCGUAACGUUGGCCACGGUGCACGCGGGGCACGAGGCGAGCCUGGCGCGGCGCGUGGGCGUGCACGGCGUGCCGUGCCUCACUGUCAUACUGGAUAAGCAAGUGUAUAUCUACAAGGAGGGGCUCGCGUCGCUGCCUAAGAUAUUAGAGUUUGUCCGUUGGAAGUUCCCCUACAAACUGGUCCGUAGUCUCACCGACGCCAAUGUGGACUCUUUUGUCAGCGACUUUGAAGACAACAAAGUGAAGGCUCUCAUAUUCGAGGAGAGACAGAAUAUACGCCUGAGAUACCUCAUCACAGCUUUCCAUUACCGGGACAGGGUGUCUUUUGCGUUCGUCGACAUAACAUCUCGAGAUACCCAGAACACAAGCGCUCGAUACAAAGUCCAACGCAGUAUGGACACCAUGGUGUUGUUGAAGGAAGACAGUGUGGAGCCCGCGGCGACUGUCAGCACUACAGAGAUUCCCACACAGACGCUGCGGCAACUCAUAGAGGCCAACCAGAUGUUAACUUUGCCCAGAUUGUCCUCACAGAGCGUGUUGGACACGGUGUGCCCGGUGGAGUGGCGCGCGGCGCGGCGGCGGCUGUGCUGCGUGCUGAUCGCGCGCGACGCGCACGCGCACAGCCUGCGCGUCCUGCGCGCGCUUGCACGUCGCGCGCCUGAACGCAUCCGCUACGCCUACGUGUACGCGCACGCUCAACCCGACUUCGUGCACGCGCUCGCCAAUGGCUCCGGUAUCGACAUGACAACCCUAGAACACCGUAUCGUGGUAAUCUGGCGACGCGAAGCCACUCGGAUACACUACGAAUGGCUCAACGAGACCUGGCCUACUUGCGCCAAAUGCCACCCCGACGAGUUAAGAGAAGGGGGCGCGCGGGGCGAGGAGGCGCUUCGGUACCACGAGCGCCUGAACGAGACCAAGAGGGCUUUGGAGCAGUUGGUGAAGAGACUGCUGAGGCCCACUGAGGUGGUGGCCUAUGAAACACGGGUUCAGGAGCUAGUGGACGAAGCGGCUGCGGGCGCGGUAUGGCGCGCGGUGAGUCGCCUUUGUGAGUGGAGCGAGCGUGCGCUCUCCGCUCUCCGCACGCACCACGCGCUCUCCGCUCUCUCCGUGCUCGCCACAGUCGCGCUCGUGCUCGCUGCGGGCUACUUCAUGGCGUACCUUAUUCGCGUGGAAGAAGAAUCGGUUCAGCGACAGAAAGAGGAGCGGCGUCGACAAAAUGGCGCCAAACGAAACAACAAUGAUCCGCAACCCGAGAUGCGGCUGCACGAGUUACGAGCCGAGAAAUACAAUGGAUUAGUUAGGUUACAGAAGCCAGGCUGCCGAACAAUUGUGUUAUUGGUAGACAUGCAAAGUCGGGUGCAGCUGCUGUCUAAAUUUCACAAAAUUGUGUGGCCAUAUCGCAAGAACAAAACGCUAGUGUUCGCGUACUUGUGCGUGGAACGGAACGUGGAAUGGUUCUGCCGCGUGCUGCAGCUGUCGCUGGGCGGCGGCGAGCUGCGCGUGAACGCGAGGAACUGCGUGGGCACCGUGCUGGCGCUCAACCCGCACCGCAAGUACUUCUGCAUCUACCACGCCAAGCAUCCCGAGUGCACCAAGCCUCAUAAGCGCAUGAGUCGCAUGACAGUGUCGCUGGGCGGGCGCGCGGCCGACCCGGAGGCCGGCGCCUUCAUCGGCUUCACUACCGACCCCGACUCCUCUGACGAAGACCACUACGACCCACCGCUACUGUUGCAAGAGAACCUUCUAGACGGGUUGGAGAAUUGGCUGGACAGACUGUUCGAAGGCAGCACCCACAGGUAUUACGUAAACUAUUGGCCAGACAUGACUACCAAGUGAGUGCGUGUAUUAACUCCUUGGUUCUACAGUGCCUAUGGCGACAUUCUGUUUUUGUUUGACUCAACAAAAUAUUGUUGGUUCUUUUGUCAUGAGUUCUGAUUGUUCAAGACCGGAUUUCUUAGUUUUUUCCUCAAAUAUUCCUUGACUCUUUCGCGCAAUCAGCUGAAAGUAAAAAAGUAUAACAAAUAGUAUUAAAAGGAGCAGAUACGUUACAUAAGCCUCUAAAGUGAAGACUGCCAAUUACCGCAUUUGGAUCACAUUUGUAAUCUCUUCUACUCUUGUGCGUUUUUUAUCUUUUGUCUCAAUCAUCAGCCGAAAGCAUUUUAUUUAUCUCGGAUUACACUCAAAUCUUUCAUUGAAAUGAGUCAAAGAAACUUUGGGGAAAGGACUAAGUCUGAGAUCUAUAGAGGGCACUUUGAUUUUUCUUAGAUUUAAGACACAAUUAAAAAGAGACACGUUUAUGUUCACUAUAUAAAUCACUCUCAUUUUAAGGUCCAGUAUCCAACUAAGCGGAAAGGAGAGAUGUGUUGAGUCAACCAAUCAGAUUCAUAAUAGA